AUGGAGAAACAGUACACAAUGUUGGAAGAGUCCUCAUUUCGUCUCCAAUUCAACCAAAUUUACGGCGGUAUUUUCCUCGGACUUGAGUCGAGCGAGGAUCACAGCGGAAGGAAUUUGUCGUGCACAGGUUGCGCCGUCUGGACAAACACCUAUGGUGCCAAGUCUGACUCCGAAUUUAAGAGAGAAGGACUAUGGAUCAAUGGAAGGCCAAUUGUGGAAAACUUCUCCGCCAUCACCAUUGCCGACAAAUUGGAUCGUUCCCGAGUCUAA